AUGUCCAAGGCAUCUGAGGCCAACGCAUGGCCUGGAGCUCCUCCCGUCGCCCAAGAUGGCUUUGCAUUUGCCGACGGUGUAUUUUUCGCCCAAUCCUCUGGCCAGAACCGUCAUCGGCGUGCCACGGCAACCGAGCUCAAGGAGCAUUUCACGUCUGGCAACGACAAAGAUCACCCCGCACACUGGUUUGAGGCCCAACUCAUUCACUAUGGUCUCCCGCCCUCCAAGACCAAGUCUGUCGCGCGCAUGCGAUUGUUUGACGCUGUUAAUGCAGGUAAUCUCAAAGUUCCAGCUAACGUGAGCAAACUCGAGACCAAAUUGAAGAAGGAAUGGACAAAGAACGAUCGCGAGGCGAAGAAGGGUGCGACGAGCAAACCUGUUGCGCAAGCGACACCCGUCAAGGCUAAGACGAAGAAACCGACUGCCGCGAGUGCCAAAAGAAAGGCAGACGACGACGAAUGUAACGCGACAGCCAAAAAGCCAAAGACCGUUACACCCAAGACUGCGACACCAAAGGCAAAAGCGCCAGCGAAGACACCAGCUAAAGCACCCACUAAAAACACGGCAACGACAGCGGCAAAGGACCCUGAAACGGGCCCCGCACCGACACCAGCCCGCGAGCUCCAGACUGCACGCUGCGUCAGAGGCGGUGCAACUCAAUCCGCUGGCAGAGUCGCAAGCACUGCUGCACCAGAGCCAGUAAAACCACGAACUAAGCAGACUGCACCCCGAGGAAACGGUUCGCGGUGGUCAACUGGCCGAAGCCGACAGACACCAAGAGACCCUUCUCCCGAACCUCCCAGAUUCGCAACGCCUCAGACUGCUCGACGCGGCGGCUCUUUUGCGGCCCGGGGACGAAUACCCGCUCCGUCCAACGAUGCUCCACCCCCAAACUCGGAAUUUCCAUAUCAAGUUUACUCCUCGGAUGAGAACAACGGCAGCGAUGACGUUGACGAGGUCAACCUUGCACCCUUGGGUCUCUUGAACGGUGAUUACGAAGUUGAAUCGCGCGAUGUGACCAAACAAUGGGAUUUUGAUCCUGACGAAUUCCAAUUGACCCUCACCAUCGCUGGUAAUCGACUCUGGGGAAGAUUCAACCUCGGCGUCUACGAAGGCGUACUCCUCAUUGAAGAACGACCCAUGCGCUCAUCGCAUGAUCGCGUGUGGUUCAAAUGGCGGGGUCGUGAAGAUCAGGGACCUGUAAUUUACGGGGAUCGCAACCAAGGUUGGAUGGAGUUUCUUGGCGACGGUCGCAUUGAGGGUUGGCUGGAUCACCAGUCUCUCUCAUUCCAAGCUCGUCGACUGCCUGGGCAAGGGACGCGCAGUAGCAUUGAUGCUCGCGCUCUGCAUGAUGAAUGGAACGGGUAUUCACAUCGUUUGUACGAAGAGGAGAAUCGGGCGCGGUGGCGAUGA